AUGUUCAAAUCGAAAAGACACACCAAAGCAUUAGAACUUUAUUCAUUGUGCAUCAUCAAUGCGCCUUUUCCAAAAGGAGAUGACUCACCUGAACUAGCACUAGGCUUUGCCAAUAGAUCAGCUGUGCUGUAUCAUCUGUCUCAUUACUUAUUGUGUGUUCAGGACAUCAAGUUAGCUCUGAAGAAUCAAUAUCCAGAAAAGAUGCAGUAUAAGCUUUAUGAUCGUCUUGGGCGAUGCUACUACUUCCUGCGACAAAAGGAUGAAGCUAUUACUGUGAAGGAAUUUAACCACUGCCAUGGUAUUUACACCACGAAGGAUGUGGAAGCAGGCGAACUUUUGUUUUGUGAGAAACCUUUUGCAUCUAAAAACAUGCACAACUCGGAUUUAACCCAUUGCCAGAAUUGUUUGAAUAGAGUGCUCUCCCCUUUACCAUGUGAUCAAUGCAGUGGUGUUGUUUUCUGCAGUGAGGAAUGCAAGGCUGAAGCUAUGAAAAGUUUCCACUUCGCCGAGUGUAGAGUUCUAGAAACAAUCCAUAAUAUUGAUUUUGGACUCGGGCAUUUGGCUUUGAGAAUGGUGUUGAAGGCUGGUCUGAAUCAUAUUCUCCAGAACAACAAGAAGUAUCCGGAGAGUUUUAGAUCCGAUAUCCUGAGGAUUGGGUUCAAUAAGGAUGGCGUGUAUGAUUCUAUGGAUUAUGACACUGUUUAUUCUUUGGUGAAGCAUAGUGAAAAACGCUCUUUGGGAGACCUUUUUAAAAGAUCGGUCGUAGCUGUCUUUAUGGUGAAGUGCCUUGAACACACUUUAAGCUCUCAGCCUUUGUCAACCAAGGCCCAUCUUCCCGAAAAAUGUGUGAUUGGUGGGCACAUAUUACGACAUAUCCAAAUGUUACCUUGCAAUGCCCAUGAAGUGUCCGAAUUUGCUUACAGAGAAUAUGAUUUACCUAAUUCCCAAACAAUGGAAAUUGGAUCCGGUAUUUAUGCAACCUUAAGUUUGAUCAACCAUUCGUGUGAUCCCAAUGUUGUGCGUCAUUCUUACGGAGAUUUUUGUGCUGUUAGAGCUAUCAGAAACAUCCCCAAAGGAACUGAAGUGUAUGACAGCUAUGGGGCCUUGUAUCCUUUAACGGCUAAAAAAGAUCGUCAAGAAAAACUUUUGUCACAGUAUUUCUUCAAAUGUAGCUGCAAAGCAUGCUUGGAAAAGUGGCCUUUGUACUUCCAAAUCCCCAACGAGGUUCCUUAUUUCUAUUGUGAAAAGUGCUCUGGGUAUUUAUCGAUCCCCGAAGAUGGUAAAACUCAGCGAGCGAUGUGCGAUAGAUGUAGAUACGUUCAGGACAUGACACCUAAGCUGGAUGUAUGGACUCGCUCUGAUGAGAUCUUCGCUAAGAAAUUAAAAGAGAUCAUUGGAGGAGUUGUUACAUCUGAUGCCUUAAGUGUUCUUCUGGGUCAUCUUAAAACUCUUGAUCAGCUGAUCAUCCGUCCGUUUGCUGAUUAUAAUGAUUGUCAAGAGGCAAUUAAGCAAUGUUUGAAUCUUCAGGCAAACUGUAAAAAAGUCGAUUUAUACGCCUAA